CAUCAGGGAUGCAGUACUGGUCUUCCUUGGUCAUCCAAAAUCUUAGUCAUUCCCAUUAAUCAUGUGGCUUCGACAAGAGUACAAACCUGAAAAACAAAGGUUCGAAAAUCCAUUUGAACUUGAAGUUGACAGGGGUUCUGACGCUGAUCGAUCUGGAGAAGGGGACAACGAACUCUACAAUUGCAUGCCUCUCAUAAAACUUCGACAGAGCUACACAGCUCUUGGAACAACUGUUUGGGAUGGAAGUAUUGCACUCGCUAAGAUGUUCGAUAAUCGAGAUCUAUUUCCUUUACACUAUUUACAGGAAUGCCGAGUUUUAGAGCUUGGAGCUGGCUGCGGUUUAGUGGGAAUUUAUUUGUGUUUGUUAGGUGCGAAAAUGACCGUUCUAACUGAUCAGAAAUGUUGUGUAAAAACUCUUAAAGACAACGUGGCAGCAAAUGUGACUGGAGUUGGUCGGAGUAGAAUCAAGGUUGUGGAAUAUUGUUGGGGGAAAAGCACAGAAUAUUUGACAAAAGAUGGUCUGUUUCAUCUCAUUCUCGCUGCAGAAUGUCUUUAUUCAGCGGACGACUCUGUGCUUCUCGCUCAGUGCAUCACAAAAUUAGCAAAACCUGGUUCACGUAUUUACGUAUCAAUGGGAAGGAAUCGUGGAGGCGAGGAAGCAUUUGUGAAAACGAUGGUAGAUCAAGGUUAUGACUGCCACAAGGUCCCUAAAAAUGAACUUCACCCAAAAUACCAGGAUGAUGUAAUAAAAAUUUUGGAGUUCAAACUGAAAGUUUGACUUGCUAACUAAUAAAAGUAACUGAAAAAAGUUAAAGUUGUGUUAUUGUUAAUACAGAAUCCCUAAAGGUUACAAGUCCUGAGAUGGUCCAAAUUCACUGAUUUAGUUUCAAAAAUUUUUAUCAAAUUUGCUGAAGAAUAUUCUGUACAUUUAAUGAGCUGUGGUUAAAUUUUUUGUUUCUAUUGGACAUGUUGCUAAUAAUAAUUUCUAGCAAUAGGGAAGACACAGAAUUUUUAAAAGACUCUUCUACAUGAAUGGAAGUCCUAAUUUCCAGGACUGCAACUCAGUCAAUGCUGACACUUAAAGAAUGAGGUGCAGAAUUACAGGAGACAUUCAGUAAUUAAGCGGCCUUGUUCACUUUAGAUUCUGAUGACUGAUACAGGUAAUUUGUCUGUAGUAUUCAUUUACAGUACUGAAGUUUCUUAAAUUUGGAUGAAGUGAAUUUCCAGGAAAAACAGCUUUAAAGGGUUUUGAGUUUCAUUUUGAAUCUGUGAGGUUUUCUCAGCUGCAGCUGGUGAAACACAGUAGACAAACAGGUAAAGUAUACAGGCCAUAGGCUUUAUUUUAUAUUGUCACUAAAAUUUAUAUGUCAUCAAAAUCAAUAAAGCGCCUAUUGGUAGGAGGAUUUCAAGGAAGUAAUCUGCUUCAUUAAACUCUUUUCCACCUUGUUUAACAACUGAGGUAGUUCAAUGGCACAGCCACGAUCUUCCCAGUGGCUGCAAUAGUCUAGAAUGUAUCGAAUACAAAUUGGUGAUUCUGGAUCUUCAAAACAAGUUGCAAAAUGACAGGGGCUUUGUAGAUUACUUGUAUCAAAGUUGCAUGGCUCUUCCUGUGAAAUAAAAAGCAGAUAUGAUAACAUGUAUUAUCUUAACGUAUUAAAAUGACUAUAGUUGUAGGCAACAUGAGCCAACUUUGGUUCAGCAUGAAAAAUAACUGCUUUUAGACUGUUG